AUGCCGAGCCACAAAACGUUCCGCACCAAGCAGAAGCUUGCCAAAGCCCAGAAGCGGAACCGUCCCAUCCCCCAAUGGAUUCGUCUGCGGACCGGAAACACUAUCAGGUAA